AUAUAUACUUUUUCAGGUAUCAAGAACUGAUAGCAAAUUUGCGCAAAACUUAACACCGAAAUGAAAUGGUUAUAUAUAUUAGUACUGAUUUUCCUGUACUUCGUUUACUUACUCGUCGGUGCGGGCGUUUUUGUGGCACUUGAAUUUUCAAGAGAAGAAUUAGAAUGUCAAAGAACCAUUACGGAAAUCGGCGAAGUUGCGGCAAAAGUAAAUUCAAAUCUUUCAAACGCUAAUGGCAGCAACGAUAAUUUAACGGGCGAGGAUUUUAGAAAUCUUAUACAGUUAAUUCGUGAAGCCCCACAAAACGGAGUUCAAUUCGAUUCAAAUCAAACUGCGAGCUGCGCACACAACUGGGAUUUUCAUAACGCACUUUUCUUUGCUGGGACAGUUGUUACUACUAUAGGUUAUGGAAAUAUCAGUCCCCAGACAUUUGGCGGGCGAGUGUUCUGUAUCUUCUAUGCGGCAAUAGGAAUCCCGCUUUUCGCAAUAAUGUUUGCAGCUAUCGGAGAAAAAUUGUCGAAACUAUUCAAAAGAUUGGACACAAAACUUACAAAAAAGACUCGAAGUUCGAUUCUACGCAAAGCAUUCGUGUUCGUAGUCACUGCUGGGACGUUGCUGCUGUUCUGUUGCGUCAUACCAGCGUUUGUAUUCGUAGCUGUAGAGAAGUGGGACUACAACGAAGCGUUCUAUUACUCGUUCAUAACCCUAACUACCAUUGGCUUUGGGGACUUUGUAGUCGGUACCGAUGCGGACUUGAGCUAUGCAACUAUAUAUAAGGUCGCAGUUUACUUAUGGAUUUUAUUCGGCUUAGCUUAUAUGGCAACAGUAAUCAGCAUUGUUAGUGGAUAUAUGCACGAUACAGCAAAACCUAAGAAAAACGACAGUAAUACGUCUGCCAAGCCAACAGAAGACGGCGUGGACGGUGAGUUUCACGUCACUGAAGACGAAGUGAUACCUAACAAGUAUAUUCACGAAAAUGAACUUCCGCUGGAUGGUGAUAGCACGUCGAACAAAGUCUCAACGGUGGCAUUUUAACAUAUUGUAUACCCUUUUUUGAAUGAUGUUUAGUAGCAUGAGGUAUAGGACAUAUUUUUUACUCUAUUUCUUGUCCUAUUUGGUAGCAAAGAAAGAAUAUUUACAAAAUUAUGUCACCGUAGCCCUGCGACUUUAAAAGAGCGUUGUUUGUUGUUAAGAACACGAUUAGGAAACAUGAGAAGUUAACCCAAAUAAGUAUCCUUAUAUUUCACCGUAUAUUUAUAUAUGUUAAAACACAACAAUGCCACUGUAACGACCGCAGUAUUGCGGGUUCGAAUCCGCGGUAGUUUAGAGGUAAUGCAAAUUAUCUUUUAUUCAUACAUGUUUAUAUACUCAAUAC